CCGGAUCCGGGGCCGGGGCGGUGCUCCCCUCCCCGUUCCCUGCAGGCCUGUGCGGCGGCAGCGCCUCGGGCAAGACCACGGUGGCGACUCGGAUCAUCGAGGCGCUGGACGUGCCCUGGGUCGUGCUUCUCUCCAUGGACUCCUUCUACAAGGUGCUGGACGAGGGGCAGCAGGCGCUGGCAGCCCGCAGCGACUACAACUUUGACCACCCCGAUGCCUUUGACUUCGAGCUGCUCAUCAGUGUCCUGCGCAAGCUGAAGAAGGGCAAGAGCGUGAAGGUGCCAGUGUACGACUUCACCACGCACAGCCGGCGCCGUGAGUGGAAAACGGUGUACGGGGCCAACGUCAUCGUGUUCGAAGGGAUCCUGGCCUUUGCCAACAAGGAGCUGCUCAAGGUAUUGCUGCCUGAGGCAGCCACUGGCCCAGGUCCAUGCUGACCUGGAGGGGACCUG